AUGGACGGGAAACGCAACAUAGUGAUUGUCGGCGGCGGCAUCAUUGGCUGUACAACCGCCUAUUAUCUCACUCGCCAUCCAAAGUUCAACCCGGCUGAACACACAAUUACACUUCUCGAGGCUGGCCCGUCACUUGCAUGCGGUGCUUCUGGAAAAGCAGGCGGUUUGCUGGCUCUGUGGGCAUAUCCCGCCUGCAUUGUGCCUCUAUCCUAUAAGUUGCACGCAGAGCUGGCUGCAGAGCACAACGGCCCGCAAAGAUGGGGCUAUCGUAAACUGCAAUGUGGCAGUUUUGAGGCCGUCGUAUCAAGAAAGAAACUCCACAGCUCCCAACCCUCCGCGGAAGGGGAGAAGCCGUGGGAAAAGCUGCCAAAGCAAGAUGAGGCGGCACAAGAAUUACUAGAACAAAGGACACUACCCAAGGCCCUGGACUGGGUGGACCGAGACUUGGUGACGAGCUGGGCUGAGAUGGGCGGUCCCGGAACAGAAGAGACGUCCCAAGUUCACCCCCUUCACUUCACCACUGCUAUUGGCGAAUUAGCGGAACAGGCUGGCGUCAAAAUAAGGACACGUACAAAGGUCACCAAAUUGUCCACGUCAAAAGCCGCCGUGGAAAGCAUCGAGUACCUGGACAGAAGCACCGGGGCGACGGGGGACAUCAAUGAUGCAACCGACGUUGUCGUUACUGCCGGCCCGUGGACAGGCCGGCUGCUGCCGCGAGCGAAAGUGGAAGGCCUGCGAGCACAUAGUGUCGUGUAUGAUGUGGAAGUGUCCCCGUUUGCCGUCUUCACAGAUGUCCAAUUGCCCAGUGACUUUGUGCCAGAGCACCGGGCGAAACUGGGACAGCAGAGGAUGCACAAGAGCCACGUUGAUCCUGAAAUUUAUGCUCGUCCCUUUGGCGAGGCCUAUGCCUGUGGUGAAGGGGAUACCACCACGCCGCUGCCAGACACAGUCGACCAAGUCGAAUGUGACGAGGCUCGCUGUGACGACAUUGCCUCGUACAUUAGCACAUUCAGCCCGGUCCUCGCCGCGGCUCCCAUCAAAGCCAAGCAGUCAUGUUAUCUGCCGCGACAUAUGCGGUUCGGCCAAGAGAGUGGCCCGCUCAUAGGGCAGACGACGGUACCAGGGUUGUGGGUGGCCGCGGGCCAUACGUGCUGGGGGAUUCAGAAUGGUCCUGCAACGGGAAAAUUGAUGUCCGAGUAUUUAUUUGACGGAGUAGCUAGAAGUGCGAGUAUCGACAAGCUGGAUCCAAGAAAAUUCAAGGUAUAG